AUGGUCGUACCUGUUAUUUUGGUACACGGGGGAGCCGGAAAUAUAUCUGAUGAAAACAUAUGUGAAAUGGUUAAAGGUAUUAAAUGUGCCGUGAUAAAAGGUUAUGAAGUUCUUUCAAAUGGAGGAAAUUGUGUUGAUGCUGCUCAAGCCUGUGUUGAAGUCAUGGAAGCUGAUCCGGCAUUUAAUGCAGGAAGGGGAGCAGUUUUAAAUUCAUUUGGUGAAGUUGAAUUGGAUGCAAUUAUUAUGGAAGGGAAAACAUUAAAUUUUGGAAGUGUUGGAGCCGUUAAAAAUAUUCUUCAUCCUGUUGCAUUGGCUCGUAAAGUUAUGGAAAAAUCACGUGCUUGCAUGUUGGUAGGAGAAGGAGCAGCACAAUUUGCCAAAGAUGAAGGUUUUACAUCGACACCCACAUACGAUUUGGUUACGGAAUCAUCAAUUAUUAGUUACGAAAAAUUUUCAUGCAAUCCUGAAUGUGCCGAUACCGAAUUCGAGUUAGUUUGUUUUAUUUCGAAAGCACACUUUAAAGAACUAUGCGGUGCUGGAGUCGGUACUGUCGGUGCCGUGGUUUUAGACGCAUGUGGAAAUAUUGCAAGUGCGACAUCAACAGGAGGAACUUUAGGGAAACCACCGGGGCGUUUGGGUGAUACUCCAAUACCGGGAGGCGGUUGUUAUGCACAGGAUGACGUGGGAGCAGUUUCGGCAACGGGAAGAGGUGAAUCAAUUAUGAGAGUUUGUUUAUCCUACAGGAUUUUAAAUCUCAUGAAACAAGGCAUGUCGGCACAAAAAGCAACGGAAGAAGCAUUAUGUUACAUGCAAUCUACGGUUGGUGAUGCUGCUGGUGCUAUAACAUUAUCUAAUUGUGGUGAUAUCGGUAUUGCUUUUUGUACGAAAAGAAUGGCUUGGGGUUUUAAAAAAGGAAAAGGACCCAUACACGCUGGAGUCGAAAUGCCGGAUCAUUCUUAA